AUGCAGCGGCUGGAGAGACUCUGUCGGUGGCGGCGGCGGGGACGAGGCAGGGACAGGGGGGGCGACGGCAAAAUGAAGUAUCAGAAAUACCUGACUGUCUUGCAGAUGGCCAUAGGGGUGACCGCCUCCAACAGGGGCAGUCUGAUGCCCUUAAAGAGGAAGCUGUGGGUAACUCCAUCAUCUGAAAAUCCGAAUGGUGCUACAUGUAGUGUGAGUCAAGGAAAACCUUCUUUAAGAAGAAUAAAAGGGAGAAUACAUAGAAGCAAAAGUCUUGAUAGCAUUGAUUUCUGUGAGUUCAAUAGCACAACAAUGGAAGAAACAGCUAUAUGGGAACAACACACAGUGACUCUUCACAGGGCUCCAGGAUUUGGGUUUGGCAUUGCGAUAUCUGGAGGAAGAGAUAAUCCCCAUUUUCAGAGUGGUGAAACAUCAAUAGUUAUUUCUGAUGUCCUGAAAGGAGGUCCAGCAGAAGGACUGCUACAGGAAAAUGACCGUGUGGCAAUGGUUAAUGGAGUCUCAAUGGAUAACGUGGAACAUGCAUUUGCUGUUCAACAGUUGAGGAAAAGCGGAAAAAAUGCCAAAAUAACAAUUCGAAGAAUGAAGAAAAUUCAGAUUCCAGUAGCCCGGCCGGAACCUGAGCCAGUAUCUGAAAAUGAGGAAGAUAGUUAUGAAGAGGAAAUGCAUGAUCCAAGAAGUGCACGCAAUGGGCCAGGUGUCAACAGAAGGCUUGAGAAGAGCUGGGUAAGAGACCGAAGUGGAAGCAGAGAGAGAAGUUUAUCGCCAAGAUCAGAUAGGAGAUCAGUUGCUUCCAGUCAGCCUGCAAAACCUACCAAAGUAACAUUGGUGAAAUCCAGGAAAAAUGAAGAGUAUGGUCUGCGCUUGGCCAGCCACAUAUUUGUGAAAGAAAUAUCCCAAGAUAGUUUGGCAGCAAGAGACGGCAACAUUCAGGAAGGUGAUGUUGUAUUGAAGAUAAACGGCACAGUCACAGAAAAUAUGUCACUGACAGAUGCAAAGACUCUAAUAGAAAGGUCAAAAGGCAAGUUGAAGAUGGUGGUUCAACGAGAUGAACGAGCAACUCUUUUGAAUGUCCCAGAUCUUUCUGACAGCGUUCAUUCUGCUAAUGCUUCAGAAAGAGAUGACAUUUCAGAAAUUCAGUCGCUGGCAUCAGAUCAUUCCAACCGAUCACAUGACAGGCCCCGCCGCAGUCGUUCACGAUCUCCUGACCAGAGGUCAGAGCCUUCAGACCAUUCCAGACAUUCUCCACAGCAGCCCAGCAAUGGCAGUCUCCGGAGCAGAGAAGAUGAGAGAAUAUCAAAACCAGGAGCUGUCUCUACACCUGUAAAGAAUGCAGAUGAUAUCCCUGUUUCUAAAACCAUGGAAGAGGCUAUAGUUGAAAGAAAUGAAAAACAAACUCCACCUCUGCCAGAGCCAAAGCCAGUGUAUGCUCAAGCUGGACAGCCAGAUGUGGAUUUACCAGUCAGUCCAUCAGAUGGUCCUUUACCCAAUUCAACUCAUGAAGAUGGAGUGCUUCGGCCAAGCAUGAAGCUGGUAAAAUUCAAAAAAGGAGACAGCGUGGGCUUGCGGUUGGCUGGUGGCAAUGAUGUAGGCAUAUUUGUAGCUGGUGUUCUGGAGGACAGCCCUGCAGCGAAAGAAGGAUUAGAAGAAGGAGAUCAAAUUCUCAGGGUAAAUAAUGUAGACUUCACAAAUAUCAUCAGAGAGGAAGCAGUGCUUUUUCUGCUUGAUCUCCCUAAAGGAGAAGAGGUGACAAUUUUGGCACAGAAGAAAAAGGAUGUUUAUCGUCGCAUUGUUGAGUCCGAUGUAGGAGAUUCUUUCUAUAUCAGAACUCAUUUUGAAUAUGAAAAGGAAUCUCCCUAUGGGCUAAGUUUCAACAAAGGUGAAGUGUUCCGGGUCGUGGAUACUUUGUACAACGGCAAGCUUGGGUCCUGGCUGGCUAUUCGAAUUGGCAAGAAUCACAAAGAAGUGGAAAGAGGCAUCAUACCCAAUAAAAACAGAGCUGAACAGCUAGCUAGUGUACAGUACACACUUCCAAAGACAGCGGGGGGAGAUCGUGCAGAUUUCUGGAGGUUCCGAGGUCUACGCAGCUCAAAGAGAAAUCUCCGAAAAAGCAGAGAAGAUCUUUCUGCCCAACCUGUUCAGACCAAGUUUCCUGCAUAUGAAAGAGUUGUUCUUCGAGAAGCUGGCUUUCUCAGGCCUGUAACCAUCUUCGGACCAAUUGCUGAUGUUGCACGAGAGAAACUGGCAAGAGAAGAACCAGAUAUUUAUCAAGUUGCAAAAAGUGAACCAAGAGAUGCUGGUACUGACCAACGUAGUUCUGGCAUUAUUCGUCUUCAUACAAUAAAACAGAUAAUUGACAGAGACAAACAUGCUUUAUUAGAUGUUACUCCAAAUGCUGUGGAUCGUCUGAAUUAUGCACAAUGGUAUCCCAUUGUGGUGUUCCUGAACCCUGAUUCCAAGCAGGGUGUAAAAACCAUGAGAAUGAGACUGUGUCCAGAAUCACGGAAAAGUGCCAGAAAAUUGUAUGAAAGAGCUCACAAGCUACGGAAAAAUAAUCAUCAUCUCUUCACAACUACUAUCAACUUGAAUUCAAUGAAUGAUGGCUGGUAUGGAGCACUAAAGGAAGCAAUUCAGCAGCAACAGAACCAGUUGGUGUGGGUUUCAGAAGGAAAGGCAGAUGGUGCUACAAGUGAUGACCUUGACUUACACGAUGAUCGCCUUUCCUACCUAUCAGCUCCAGGUAGUGAAUAUUCCAUGUACAGCACAGAUAGUAGACACACUUCAGACUAUGAUGACACAGAUACAGAAGGGGGUGCCUACACUGAUCAAGAGCUUGAUGAAACGCUCAAUGAUGAAGUUGGGACUCCUCCGGAAUCUGCUAUUACACGGUCCUCUGAACCUGUAAGAGAGGAUUCCUCUGGAAUGCAUCAUGAAAGUCAAACAUAUCCUCCUUAUGCAUCGCAAGCUCAGACCCAGCCAAAUCAUAGAAUCGAUUCUCCAGGAUUUAAAACAGCUGCCUCUCAAUCGAAAGCAGAAGCCUCACCUGCAGGCCCUUACCUUUCCCCGUCGCCUGAAACAAACCCUGCAACCUCAUCACCUUCUGCUGUUAAUCCUAAUGUAAACUUAACUAAUGUCAGACUGGAGGAGCCCACCUCAGCUCCUUACAACUCUUUUCAACUACAAGCUGGCCCCUUAAGAACACCAAGCACUGAGGGAGUUCACAUAAUGCUAAGAGAUCAAGAGCCAUCAUCCUUAUCACCGCAUAUAGAUCCAACAAAGGUGUACAAAAAGGAUCCAUACAUUAGCGAGGAGGCACCAAGACAGAACUACGUCUUGAAACAACCAGCAGUUAAUCAUCCAGUACAGAGACAGGAGAAAGAGACAAAUCUGAUCUAUGAAUCCCAGGUUCAGUAUGCAGAGAAACAACCCAGUAGAGAGUAUGAGCCGUCAACAUAUAGGUAUGAUUCUACGAACUAUGUAGAUCAGUUUUCCCGUGGUUAUGACCCUCGUCUACAUUAUGAUGACCGUAUACCUCCCUAUGAGGACCACUGGGCAUAUUAUGAUGAAAAACAGCCCCACCAGCCGAGACCACCUUAUGAUAACCAACCUCCUAGGGACUUUAACCCCAGACAAAAUGCAGAAGAGAGCACAGAACGCAGCUACUACCCAGCACAACCUCGCUUUGAAGAACCACCUCCAAUGGUUUAUGACAGUAGGCCUCGCUAUGAACAUGCACCUAAAAACUUCAGUCUACCACAACUGCGAUAUGAAGAACAGCCCGCUGCUGGAUAUGAUAUUCACAGUAGAUAUAAAUCAGAAGCUGAGACAUACCCUUCAGCAAUAUCUAAGUCUCCUGAACCUAAGCAGUACUUCGAUCCACAUAUGAGGGGCUAUGAACAAGGCCCUCCACAAGGAUUUAAUGCUAAAGCAGGACAGUAUGAACCUUCUCAUAGCACUGCAGGUGUUCCUCCUCCUCUUCCCCCCCCCUCAUCACAAAGCAAACCAGAAGUACUGCCUUCCAACAGUAAACCACUGCCUACACCACCAACUCUAACGGAGGAAGAAGAAGAUCCAGCCAUGAAACCACAAUCAGUGCUAACUAGAGUUAAGAUGUUUGAAAACAAAAGAUCAGCAUCGGUGGAAAAAAUCAAGGAUCCUAAUGAUAUGCCAGCUGUCAAGCCUCCAGAACUAGCACCUAAACCUGCCAUUGCCACAGUGAGUGGUUCCAAACCAACCUCUCAAAAUCAGUAUGAACAUGACAAAACAAUUUACAGGGCUCCAGAACCACAGAGACCUCAAGUGAAGCCAUCUGAAGACAUAGUACGUUCAAAUCACUAUGAUCCUGAGGAAGAUGAAGAGUACUAUCGAAAGCAGCUUUCAUACUUUGAUCGCAGAAGUUUUGAAAAUAAGCCCUCUACACAGGUUCCUGCCAGCCCUGAGCCUGCUAAGCCAGUACAUCCUCAGAAUCAACUGAACUUCACUAACUAUUCUAAGGGGAAGCCUACUGAUGCUGAGCCCACAGAUAGACCUGGUGGUGAAAAGCGCUAUGAGCCAGUUCCUCAAGUUACUCCUCCUCCCCCACCUCCAAUACAGUAUACUCAACCUCAGUCGAUUAAUAACCCUGUCGUACUUCUUCAGGCACAUCCCAAGUCUGCACUUUCUGAGGUUAACUCUAUGUCCGUAGAUUUCCAGAAUUCCACAGUGCCCAAGCCUGACCCACCUCCAUCUCAAAAUAAACCAGCAACUUUCAGAUCUUCCAACCGAGAGGACACUGUGCAAUCUACCUUCUAUCCUCAGAAAAGCUUCCCUGACAAGGGUCCAAUUAAUGGAACUGAGCAGACUCAGAAAACAGUCACCCCGGCUUAUAAUCGCUUUACAACGAAGCCUUACACAAGUGCUGCCAGGCCAUUUGAGCGAAAGUUUGAAAGUCCUAAAUUCAACCACAAUCUACUGCCAAAUGAAACUCAACAUAAACCAGAGUUGCCCUCAAAGGCUCCAAAUUCUCCUCAACCAAUUUUAAAAGCACAUAGCUCAUUGCAGCCUUCUGAGUUUGACAGUGGAAUGGAUACAUUCUCCACGCAGGCAGACAAGCCUAAAUAUCAACCAAAUAACAUUAAUGCUGUGCCUAAAGCCAUUCCUGUAAGCCCUUCAGCACUAGAGGAUGACGAGGAGGAGGAUGGACACACUGUAGUAGCCACAGCAAGAGGUGUUUUUAACAGCAAUGGUGGUGUAUUAAGCUCCAUAGAGACAGGAGUUAGUAUAAUUAUACCACAAGGAGCCAUUCCAGAGGGAAUAGAGCAAGAAAUCUAUUUCAAGGUCUGCAGAGAUAAUAGUAUCCUCCCACCUUUAGACAAAGAGAAAGGAGAAACGCUGCUUAGCCCAUUGGUAAUGUGUGGGCCCCACGGACUAAAAUUCCUGAAGCCAGUGGAGCUGCGCUUACCACAUUGUGCGUCUAUGACCCCUGAUGGUUGGUCUUUUGCUCUAAAAUCCUCCGACUCCUCGUCGGGUGACCCCAAAACUUGGCAGAACAAGUCUCUUCCUGGAGAUCCAAACUAUCUUGUUGGAGCAAACUGUGUCUCAGUCCUAAUUGACCACUUCUAA